CGGCAGCAGCGCCCAGCAUGAGCCGCUUCAUUCUCUUAUUGGCUCUUCUCAUACCAGGAGAUGUGGCGCGAGCGACCGCCGAGCCGGAGGUGCUGACGUGCUUCCACUGCGGCGACGAGGAGCAGGACGGGGAGCCACCUUGCAACACACAACCGCCACAGGUGGCCACCUGCCCUGAGGCCAACUACUGCCUCAAGAUACUCUUCCAAAACGGGUCCGUCCAGCGCGGCUGCGCGCCACGGGCGACGGCGUGGGGGCGUCGCGUGCUGGUCGGCUGCGUGGAGCCCGCGCGCGAUGACACCAGCGUGCUGCGAUACUGCGCCUGCGACACGCACCUCUGCAACCGAGCGCAGCCACCGCCGACCGACAACCUGCUGCUGCUGUUUUUGUUGUUCUGGGCCUGUCUGCUGUUCUUCCCGGGCGGACAAUAACAAACCGCGUGCAGUACCCUCCGUGUCUAAUUACUGCGUAGCGGUUAACACCUCUGCUUGCAAACCUGACUCCAAGAUUUCUAAGCCCAUAAGCUAACUGAAAACCAGACUUUACCUACUGAAGUAUCACAUCGUGCCAUCGUCGAAUAACAACUUUCUACAAGUACUAGCAGUGCUUAUGCCAGCACCAGAAAUUUUUCUACUUAAAUGAUAACUUUCAGGGUAGGCGUAUGAAAAUUUUCCGCUCUAAUACGCAAUUGUUGCGUGAAUUAUCUCAAAUCUGAGCAUUUGAGCCCGUCCACGGAAGAUCGUAGAUUCGAUGAACGACCGAUGAACAUUUAGCUCGAUACUGACUGAAAUGGCUUUUCGUUGCAGCGUACGUCUACAUAGAAAUGUGACAUCGUGCCAAGUUCCGUAAGUUGUCAGCAUCACAGCCCCGCUGGACUAGAUUUACAGCGCGCCAGAAUAUUAUCCCCCCGCCUGGCACAACAGUGCUCUUGUGGUUAUGUUCGAUUCCCACUGAGGGGAUCGGAUUUAUAUCGGGAGAACUUCGGACAACACCACGGUCUUCUAACAUAUCGAAAUUUAUAAACAUUAGACUCAACUAAGGAGUGCAGGAAGAUCAAGACAAACUCUGUUCUUUCUAAAUACGAAAACCUCACCGACGCCCUAAUCGUUUUAGAUCAACAUUCUCUUUUUUAAGCACAGAUGGAAUGCCAGAGAACUUGCAUGCAAGAGAGGAAAUGAAGACGAUUUGAUAAAAAUCCUGACCCAGGUUUUAUGAUGACGAGGUCAGUGCCACUUAAAAACUAUCGGUGGUGUUGAGUGAACUAAUGGAGAGAGAAAAUGACAGCAUGAGGUCUGCAAUAUGACCCUCUUUGUAACUAUUGAAUGACGCACUGCAUGGUACAUUUAUUGUGGCGCUAUAUACAUCGAUUAGAGAGUGUUUUCGCAAGUGCAGUGUUAUCAGAGAUAAUUUAUGUGAUAGUGCUCAAGUAAAGGAUGUUACAUAAUAUUUCCUCAGGAUAAGUAUUUUUGCUAUGUAAAUUAAGUGAAUUCUUUUCUGAUGUUGAACGAUAAUAUAAAAAAUUUAAUGUAUCAUAGUAUCCGCUCAUGGCUGUGGAAAAUUGUUUUCAGACAGAUUUUUGUCUUUUGCUGGAUGCAAAAGUGUUCGGCUACAGCAUAUUUAUCAAACUCCUCCCGCUUUGCCGUUACCUUAUGCUCCUGAUUUUGUUAAUGCAGCGUUCUCGAUGUUGUACCGACGCACAUCUUACCAAAUCUACAAUGUAGUUGCUACUUUAUCCACAUGACUGUUAAAAACCGUAAACAUCCCUCUGUCUCAUUUCUGUAUUACAGGGAUAAAUUGUUUAUCUAAUCUGUUUCUUAGACAGUCAGUCAUGUGGAUUUUGCAGACGGCUAAUGUGUUACUACAGAGUUUUUGUGAUCGUCGUAAUGUACUUCUUACGUCGGAGGGCAACUACUCUUUCUUUAUUAAGGCGUUCUUGAGACAUUCCACUUCCACUCUAGUUCAUGCCUCUAAGCGUAUGUACUCUGCAAGUCACUUCAGUCAGCGACUCUCUUUGUGCAACUAUCCGGUAUCAAAGGACUAUUCCCUUGAAAAUGUCCUCCACAGACGGAGAUACAAAGCUGAAAUAUUCAAUUGUGUUCAUUUGCCUACGACAUGAUAGCUCGGAAAAUUUAAUGAAGUUCUGUCUCUAUUUUUGAUGUUCGCCUUUUGUCCGGACUGAAGAACGUCGUAGUAAUAACCUUUCUUCUAAUGAAGGUGUUAUACAGACUCCUUUGAUACAUUUUUCUGCUUAACACAGUAUUGUAUUGUAUGUUAACCGGGGGCCUAGAAACGAUGGAGAGGCUCCGUCCCCGUCGCAGCAGCAGUGGUCCACAACCCCACGACGACUACCGCACUCCACUUCACCCCUCCGCCGCCCACACCGAACCACUCUUUCAGGGUUACUGUGCGGUUCGGCUCCCGGUGGAAACCUCCCCCUCCCCCCUCUCCCCUCCCAGGGAACGUCUCACACCAGACGAGUGUAGCCCCUACGUGUGCGUGGUAGAGUAAUGGUGGUGUACGCGUACGUGGAGAACUUGUUUGCGCAGUAAUCGCCGACAUAGUGUAACUGAGGCGGAAUAUGGGGAACCAGUCCGCAUGCGCGGAGGCAGGUAGAAAACCGCCUAAAAGCCAUCCACAGACUGGCCGGCUCACCGGACCUCGACACAAAUCCGCCGGGUGGAUUCGUGAGGGGGACGAGGCGCUCCUUCCCAAUCCGGAAAGCCGUGCGUUAGACCGCACGGAUAACCGGGCGAGCUAGCACAGUAUUACUAUACACUCCUUCAGUGCCUCAGUAUCUGAUAUUAACAAACCUACGUUUGUUGAAGAAAGCUCUGUGCGUUUGUAGCAGAGAGUCUUCCGGAUUCAAACAUCGGCAAUUUUUUUCUUUUAAGAUAGCAGUACGGUAUCAUUUCUGGUAUCGGGUCUCUUCGAAUUUUGAUUCUUAAGAAAUCUGUAUUUCAUUUCCUACUCGAGUACUUUUAUUCAUCUACUGGUAUUUCCUUUUAAUACCGUUACUAACGCUUGGACACACAAAUUAAACUAUAUUCACUGCAAGCCUCACUCUUGCUUUACACACAUCAGAGCACAAAGAAAUUUCUCCAAAUUUUCCACUUUCGCUACUCCCACUUUAUUUUAGUAGAAAUUAGCGGUUCCCCUCCCCCAUCCUCUCUCUCUCUCUCUCUCUCUCUCUCUCUCUCUCUCUCUCUCUCUCUCUCUCUCUCUCUCCUUCUGGCCCCCUCCUUUACCUUCUUCUACGUAUUUGGAAUAUCUUACUACCCUAGAAGUUUAUAUUUAUUAAUAUCAUAAGAAAAUAUCUUAAAAUGAAGGCUGCUGUGAAACUGAGCAGAAAAUCACAUGAUUCCCUUGCAGCCAUGGAACGCAAAAGUACGCAAAGAACAGAAAACAAACUGUAGACAAUUGUAUGUUCUCAAACUGUAAAAUGAUAAUGUAAGUACUCUAAUACGUUUUGUGUGUCAAAUUAUUUCAGGAAACACAUUCAUUCUAUAAAAAUGAAAUUUGUUCACUAAAUUACUUUGAUAGUCUUCCUGAACAAUGAUUCUCUCGUGUGUGUGUGUGUGUGUGUGUGUGUGUGUGUGUGUGUGUGUGUGUGUGUGUGGAGUAGAUAGCAGUCACUUUCUCGAUGCGUUAAAGUUUGACCUUUAAUAAUUACAUAUGUCUCACUUUAAAUGUAUGUCAGUGUAUAGAAUGUGAGCCACGGAUGCCUCAUUUUAUCUAAAAUGUGAUCGAUGUCUGUGUAAAAUAUUGUAAUAAAACGUAAACUAUAAAUAAAAUUUUCUUGUGUA